ACUGCCGAUUCCCAAACUAGAAGAUACAAUUAGGAGAUACCUAAAUGCCCAGAAACCACUUUUAAAUGAUGACCAAUUCAGGAAAACUGAAGAACUUGCUCAUCACUUUGAAAAGGGAAUUGGAAGAGAGCUGCAUGAGCAACUGGUUGCUCAAGACAAUCAGAACAAGCAUACUAGUUACAUCACAGGUCCCUGGUUUGACAUGUACCUAAAAGCACGUGAACCUGUUGUUUUGAAUUUUAAUGCAUUUAUGUCUUUUAAUCCUGAUCCGAAAUCUGAAUAUAAUGAUCAGCUCAUACGAGCUACGAACAUGACUGUUUCUGCCUUACGUUUUAUGAAGACCUUCAGGGCUGGUUAUCUUGAACCAGAGGUUUUUCACCUCAAUCCGGAAAAAAGUGACACUCAGAUCUUCAAAAAAAUUAUCCGGUUUGUGCCUUCUUCACUUUCUUGGUUUGGUGCCUACAUGGUCAAUGCAUACCCCCUAGAUAUGUCUCAGUACUUCAGGCUUUUCAAUUCUACACGGCUGCCCAGACUCAACAGAGAUGAGCUUUAUACAGAUGAAAAAGCAAAACAUUUACUGGUACUGAGAAAUGGGAAUUUUUAUGUAUUUGAUGUUAUUGAUAGAGAUGGAAAUAUGCUGAAACCUUCAGAAAUACAAGCACACUUGAAAUACAUCCUUAGCAACAACAGUCCAGCCCCGGCCUUCCCUCUUGGCUACCUCUCCAGUGAAAACAGAGAUACCUGGGCGUUGCUGAGAAAGAAUCUACUGGAUAAUGGCAAUGAGGAGGCUCUUCAAAAAGUAGACUCUGCAGUGUUUUGUUUGAGUUUAGAUGAUUUUCCCAUUAAAGACUUUGUGCACUUGUCCCACACUAUGUUGCAUGGAGAUGGUGCAAACCGCUGGUAUGACAAAUCCUUUAAUCUUAUCAUAACUAAGGAUGGCACUGCAGGAAUUAAUUUUGAACAUUCCUGGGGAGAUGGCGUGGCUGUGCUCAGGUUCCAGAAUGAGGUUUUUAAAGAUAGCACCACGGCGCGAGCCAUCAGCCCCCAGUCCCAGCCUGCUUCCGUAGACUCUUCUAGAGCAGUGCAGAAACUUGACUUUAAGCUGAAUGAUGCCUUAAAAGCAGGAAUUACCAAAGCCAAAGAGAGAUUUGAUGCUACUGUAGAAGCACUGUCUCUUAAUAUGAUUCAGUUCCAUGAAGGGGGUAAGGACCUUCUGAAGCAGAAGAAAGUAAGUCCAGAUGCUGUGGCUCAGCUUGCAUUCCAGAUGGCUUUCCUUCGACAAUACAAUCAGACUGUUGCUACGUAUGAGUCUUGUAGUACUGCAGCUUUCAAGCAUGGUCGUACAGAAACUAUACGUCCUGCCUCUAUCCAUACAAAGAAAUGUUCGGAAGCUUUUGUCAGGGAACUGUCCAAACAUAGCACAGAAGAGCUUCAGAAGUUGAUAGUGGAGUGCUCAAAAUACCAUGGCCGUUUGACAAAAGAAGCUGCUAUGGGUCAGGGAUUUGACCGACACCUCUUUGGCUUGCGCUGUUUAGCCUUAUCCAAAGGUAUUGCUCUGCCUGAUUUCUACCAAGACCAAGCCUAUGCUCGGCUUAAUCACAACAUCCUUUCUACAAGCACAUUGGUUAGCCCAGCUGUGCAGUUAGGAGGGUUUGGCCCGGUGGUGUCUGAUGGCUUUGGUGUAGGCUACCAGGUACAGGAUGAUUGGAUAGGUUGUAAUGUUUCCUCUUACCCAACUAGGAAUGGUAAAGAAUUCCUUCAGUGUACGUACAAGUCACUAGAAGAUAUCUUUAAUGUUUUAAAGGGCAAGAAAAUCAGUAGUUAGACAUAAAAAUGUUGGAAUACAUUACAGCUGCAGUACAAAAUGCAGACUAUGUCUAAUUGACAUACUAAUCAGCGUUCAAUGUGGCUGAGACUGCCCAGCUUAAUUGGCUUCAUUUAUCUUCCUUGAAUAGUUAGAUUCACUAUGAAAUUUGUAUCUAUUUUAAAGAAAUCAAGUAGAGACCUUGAAUGCAUGUUUCAGGAAACACAUUCACAAUGUCAAAAUUAAGUAACAGAUCCAUCUGUUCCAACAGAUCCACGUGUUCCUAAAACAUGUUAUUUAAAAUAAAAAGCAUUGUUACUGAGUUUAUGAAUUUGGACCAUCUGUGUUCCAUGACUGUUCAGACAGACAACAGCACUGUGAUACCACUCUUAAACUGGUUUUGUUUUUAAAAAAUAUAUGCAAUACUUUUAAAUAUGAAAGAAUGGUUACAUUUGCACUCUUGCAGUAAGUUUGUUUACUAACUUGUCACACUUACUUUUCUCUUUAAACUUGAAUCGAUAUCGGAACUGAUUGUGCCUCAACUGCUUGAAGCCUUUCCACUGUAACAGCUUUUUGAGAAACAAAAAAUAAAAUGGGAGGCUUUAAGUAACCUGUGGUCACCAACUGUGUUCUUAAAUUGACUGGGAAAGACUGUAUUGUAAUAAAGCUAUCUGUUAGUAACCACAGAGUUCUUUUAUUGCCA